AUGUCUGACCCCGAAUUUUAUACAAUUGGGUGGAUAUGUGCUCUUGUCACCGAAUAUGUGGCAGCGCAGGUCUUUCUAGACGAAAAGCACGACCCUCCCGAGUCUGUUUCCGCCCAUGACAACAACGAGUACACCCUUGGUCGUAUGGGCAGACACAAUGUCGUCAUUGCUGUUCUGCCUGAUGGCGAAUACGGCCUUUCACCGGCAACUGCGGUUGCACGGGAUAUGCUGCACUCCUUCAAAAAUGUUCGAGUUGGCCUGAUGGUCGGCAUCGGCGGCGGCGCUCCAACGACCGAUUUCGACCGUGAUAUUCGGCUAGGAGAUAUUGUAGUCAGCUCCCCCUCCGACGGUCGCGGGGGUGUUCUCCAGUAUGACUUCGGCAAGACAAUACAAAAUCAGGAGUUUCAGACAACAGGCUUCUUGAAUCAGCCACCUGAAGUUCUCCGAGCGGCUGUGAAUGGUUUAAAGGCCGAAUUCGAGCAGGAAGGAAACAACUUUGAAAGAGUCAUCAACAAGGUCCUGGAAAACAAACCGAGACUACGUCUAAAAUAUGGACGGCCACCUUCUGAGACGGACAGACUCUUUCGUAGCGAUGUGGUCUAUGACCCCAAUUGUCGGGCUGAAGACAUCAAGCCAGAAAUGCUGGUACCCCCAAGAAACGAGCGCACCGAAUUGGACGAUGAUCCGGCAGUCUUUUAUGGACUCAUAGCAUCAGCAAACCGCUUAAUGAAGGAUGCAGUUGUUCGAGACAAACUCGCAAGAGAGGAAGGGGUGCUCUGCUUCGAGAUGGAGGCUGCUGGACUCAUGAACCACUUUCCAUGCUUGGUAAUCAGGGGCAUAUGCGAUUACUCCGAUUCUCACAAGAACAAGGAUUGGCAAGGUUACGCAGCCAUGACAGCAGCCGCUUAUGCAAAGGCUGUGGUAUGUCGUCUCCAGCAGAAUAGACUGGAGAACCAGAAAACAAUAGCAGAGGCCAUUGUUAUUAGUAAGUGGGGCUCAGAGGUUGCAGCAGUUUGA